UUCUUAUCCACAACUGUGUAGGAUUGAAUUUGGGCAAGCAAUGGCCUGCUUUUGAACUUCAAACUAUUUCCUUCCUUCCUUCCUUCCCCCUUAUCAUCUUCAAUUCAUUCAUUUCCGUUUUCAUGGCGACGCCUUUCUCCUCCACCACCUCCGUCCGCCGUUCCGUCUUUCAACUUACACAGAACCCCCCUCCCAAAGCCCUUCUCUCACUGCGAGAUUAUAAUGCAGGGUUAAAUUGCGUCAAAUGCGGCUCAAGUACGACUCAUCUUUGUUCAUGGAAGUCAGCUUCCAACUACGUCAGGCUCCACCGGCAAGCCCUAGUGCUCUCAACCCAACUCUCUGUUUCUGGGAAUCUAUUGAAAAACAGAAGAGGAGUCGUGAGGGCUGCAACGAUCGAAGAAAUUGAAGCGGAGAAAACAUUAAUUGAGAAAGAUGUAAAAGCGAGGAUGGAAAAGACUAUCGAUACUGUUCGAUCUAAUUUCAAUUCAAUUAGGACUGGGAGAUCAAACCCUGCCAUGCUUGAUAAGAUUGAGGUAGAGUAUUACGGCAGUCCAGUUAGCUUGAAGAGCAUUGCCCAAAUUAGUACACCUGAUGCAAGCUCACUUUUGGUCCAGCCAUAUGAUAAAUCCAGCUUAAAGUCAAUAGAGAAGGCCAUAGUCAACUCUGACUUGGGAUUGACUCCAAACAAUGAUGGAGAAGUCAUACGGUUGACUCUCCCUCAACUCACAUCCGAAAGAAGGAAGGAGUUGUCAAAAGUUGUUGCAAAGCAGGCAGAGGAAGGGAAGGUGGCAGUAAGGAAUAUAAGAAGAGAUGCUUUGAAAGCGUAUGAAAAAUUGGAGAAGGAAAAAAAACUUUCGGAAGAUAAUGUUAAGGACUUGUCAAGUGAUUUGCAGAAACUUACUGACGACUAUAUGAAGAAGAUUGAUGUCAUAUACAAGCAAAAAGAAAAGGAGUUGUUGAAGGUGUGACCAAAAGCAAAUGGUAGAGCUUUCCCUUUUGGUUCCUGUGAAAUAUGAAAUCAUUGUUCUUUUUUCCUCUGAAUAGAGAUUUGUUUGAUGUCGAUUGUUAGAAUCAAACCUCGUUCCUUCUUUCUUUCUUUCUUUUUUUUCUUGGUUGAAAUGAGAUUCAGCGCCUUGUGCGAAAAGAUGAGCUAGCAAUAGCAUUUAUGGCCUUGGUUUUGCUGUUGUAAAAUUGGCACAUCUCAAACUUCUUACUCUGUACAUUGGAACUGACAUUAUCAUUUACUCAUAUUUGGACUCGACCUUUGAUUGAUGAACUUUUAAUUCAAACACCUAUUGAAUUACCCAA